AACCGUGAAUUAAUUAAAAGAUUUUCGGUUUUAUUUCCGUUUUUUACUUUAUUGAUCUUAAGAGGUGAUCUACAUUCUUAAUAUAAUCUAAACACUUUUAUUGACGCGGGUAUAUCUACAUUCUACAGUUUAAUAUUAAGUUAAGCUUGGGAUAAAAAACUUUGUUUAUAAGGGGAGAUGUUGGGUCAGCCAGGCGGACAACCCGAAUAUAUUAUAUUCAUUUCGUUUAUUUGUGUUUAUGUGUAUAAAAGCUGAAUAAGUUAUCAGCUUGGAUGCGAUACCCAAUAUUGAUUUGUUAUGAGCCAUCGUUUCUCUCAGUGCAAUUACAGCUGAUUUACAGCCACAAAACUGUGCUGAACAUUUGGAAGUUCUUUCAUUUGAUCGUCUGUUAGCGCCGGGUUAAGAACUCAUCCAAAAAGAAGAGAGUCACCAGCGGGUUCGUCAUAGACAACGCGCCGCGCCGUCCGCGUUUCGUGGUUGAAGAAAACAAGUUUGUUCAUUUGAGGCGAGAUGAUGCUGCCGCUUGAUUUGGAGAAGAAGAAAAAUGUAUCGAGUGCUAAAAUCAAUUAGCAUACUCUAUAAGAUCGCUUUGUUGUGGCCAUUGUUUUGCAAAGCGGGAGCCACAGUCGGCCCCAUACUGAAUGGAACGUCUGUCUUCGGUCGAGCCCAGCUGCAGGCCUUUAAGCCAUUUGAUGCUGAGCGACAGCCCGCACAACUAACCGGACGUAGUUUUCUCUGUGUGCCCUUCUUUCGUGUAUUCAAUCUGGAGCUGCGCUCGGGCCAGCAGCUGGCACCGGAUGAAGAGAUCGCCGUUAGCGGGGAUCAUCGUGCGCUGGGCGCCUGGAGCAUUGCCAAGGCGCUGCCAUUGCGUGCCCAGAACAGGCAGCGCAGCAAGUGGUAUCUGCGCCGUUGGAUAUGCGCCAGUCAUCGUGUCUAUUACCGCUAUCUCAUUUACACGCUGGACGCGGCCGGCGAGCGUGUGCUGCGCCGCUGGGAGGGACAGCAGGUGCCGCGCAUGCUGCAGACCUUUGAGAUCUAUCGCUCCCCUGGCGUGGACAUUUUCGGCGAGGCCUAUCCCCGCUCGGUGGGCGGCGGGCACUUGCUGGAGCCUGGCUGGCUCCAGCGGGAAUAUGUCACUGAGCUAAAGUUUAUUUGGCAGAAGCACCUACAAAUCGCAGGCCUGAACAACCAGGAGAAGCUGCGCCUUAAGCUCAGAUCGCUCAGUGUGCUGGACAAUGCGCUGAUCGAAGUCUCGCGCUAUGCCUACAAUCGUUCGUCCUUCCGGCCGCAGAGCCGGCUGGGUGUCAGGUAUUCCGCCGGCACCAUAAUCAUCUAUCGCAUCAGCCAAGCCCUAGAUGUGUUCAAUGCCUUAAGGCUAGACAUAUACAGCCUGGAUGGCGGGCAGCUGCCUUUGGGUGAGGCCUAUAUAAUGCCCGAGCAGCUGCGCGGCAGUCGCGGCAUUCUGCAGCUGCCCAUACAGGGUCAGGUCACACAGCAGGUCAUAGGUCAGCUGACAUUGCCCUACUUGGUGGUGCGGCCCAUGCCCAAUGCAGCUGCCAGCAAUUUGCGUGUCAGCUUUCAGCGCUACUGGCCCAGCAAUUGGCCCACCCUGGACGUGGGCAACCGUGGCCUGGGCACCAGCUAUUACCAAGCCGGCAAUCAGCUGGUGGAGAACACCAUCGAGAGCUACCUGGCCGUGCCCAGCGCCAAGGGCGAUAUGGUGCACCUGGAUGUGCAAUUGACCAGAGACUAUGUGCCUGUCGUUUGGCGCAGCUUUGGCUUCUAUACCACCAAGCAGCCGACCACACAGCCCAUAGUGGAUCGUUUUGAUCUGCGCUAUGUGCUCAUCCGGCAGCUCAGCUAUGCCGAACUGAAGGGCAGCCGUGUUUUCAUACUGAAAAAAUGGAGCCUGCAGGAGUACACACACUUGAAUGUGCGCAAUGUGAGCCAGCCGCAGCGACUCUUUCCCAAAUUAGAUGAAGUAUACGAGGCGCUGCCCAAGAGUCUGGGCCUAAUCGUGGAGAUCAAGUGGCCGCAGCUCAUGGCAUCGGGCGUGAUGGAGUCCACGCAGUCGCUCAACAAGAAUGUGUUUGUGGACAGGAUUAUAGAGGUCACAGCGCGUUAUGGUUGCGGACGUCCGCUGAUCUUUGCCAGCUUUGAUGCUGAUAUAUGCACCAUGGUACGGCUGAAGCAGACGGCGUUUCCGGUCAUGCUCAUGACCACGGGCAGAACGGACAUUUGGGAUGCCUAUAUGGACCUGAGAACCCAGACUUUUCUGCAAGCCAUCAACUUUGCCGAAAGCGCCGAACUACUCGGCACGGCGACGCAUGUCCAAAAUUUUCAGCACAAGCAGCAGCUGGUGGAUCUGGGCCUGGAUCUGCAGCAGGUCGUCUUCAUCUGGGGCAGCGAUCUGCAGGAUGUACAGGAGCAGGAACAGUUUCGUGCCAUCGACGUGACUGGCCUGAUCUACGAUCGCAUCGAUCGUGUGGGACCCGCCCAAUGGAAGCGUGCGCCCUUCUUCCAGGCCCCGCAGCUGCUGGAGGUGUUCGGUGGCCAAUGUGUGGCCAUUGGCAACUCGACGACGGUGCCGGGCGCCAAGCCAACGAAGCCCACGAUCUGGCCCAAAAUGCGAAAAUGAGUAAGUUCCCUUUGAUAAAUCAUAUGUGCUUAACAUAUGGGAGAAUACUUCUUAAAGCGCAUUCUGCUUACGAUCAAGAUAUAAGGAAAA